AUGCAUCGACUUUUUGCUGAGCUGGAGCCAUCUGUAACCGUCACCGAGCAAAACCUGGCAGACCGAGUUCGGUAUAUCUUGCGCUCAAACAUAUUUGAUGACGCCGAACUCGAACGGCUACGAUGUGAGGUUGUUCCUUCAUCGGAUGAAAAUGUUACGGCUGAGUAUGCGGUGCCACAAGUUGCAGAACAACCCGCACACAUGGAUACCGCCGCGAAUACCCCAGUGGUGGCUGAUCCAAAUGAUGAUGGAACAUUCGCACAGGAACUAGAAAUAGAGCAAAUGAGUAGAACAUUGGAAGAGGCGAUUGUGGAAACACGCAGUAUGCCUCUCGAAAAUCGACCGCGACCUCCCCGCAUAGCCCUAAGCAAGCGGAAUCGGGCUGUCGUGAGGGCUCUGAACCAAUGCUGGUGA